AUGGAAAAUAAUAAUGAUAAUAAAUAUAUUGCUGAAAUUAUAUCGAAAAUAUGGCCUGCUGGUAUUCCAUCUCAGAGCUCAUCCUAUUUUGCAAUGACAGUUGUAACUUUACUUCUAGAUCCUAAAUAUGGAACAGAUAUGAAAGACAAGCAUAUAAUAGCGAUGGAUGAUAUUAUUAUUGACUAUGACAAAUAUGAGAGAUUAGACAUCAGCAAAUCAAGUGGAUCAAGUGAUUCCAAUGAUGCCAGUGAUUCUGAGAAAUAUAGCAAUCAAAGUGAAAAUGAAAUAAUUAUUCUUCACACGCAUAUUAAAUGUAUUAUUAGUGGUCUAUUGAAUAACACUAUUUUCAUUAUAUUAUCAUCAGCUUCCUCACAACAGGUAAACAUAGAAUGCACACAUUAUGCAAAAGACUUACAAACAUACUGGCAGGGAGUGACCCAAGAACAUGAAAAGGAAAAUUUGAUUCCUGCUGUUGCUACCAUUUCACCAUUAUCAACUAUAGACUUGAAUAUUGGUGGGUCUCACCCAAAAAGGACAAUUGAUAUUCCUGCCAUAGAUAUUUCUGAAGCUUGUCAACUGAGUCAUCAUGGAAAAACUAAAAAGAACACUGAACUUAAUUUAUUUUUUUGUCAUGACAUUCUUUACGAACUCAAGAACAAGCCUAAUGCUUAUCCAUUCUGUGAAUGUUUUGAUGCAGAAAAACUGGAAGUUUCAGAUUAUAUCAAAGUUGUAAAGCAUCCGAUGGACCUAUUAACUAUAAAUUCAAAGUUAGAGAAUAAUCAAUACAUAAGCACAGAAGAAUUUGAGGAAGACAUUCAUCUAAUAUUUCAUAAUUGUUAUACAUAUUAUGAAGUUGGAAGUGAGGUUUAUUAUUUGGGCAAAGCAUUAGAAUCAGUAUUCAACAAAAAAUGGAUUGAAAACCAUAUUCCUCAAGCUAUACAGAAGGAUAUACCAAAGAUGGAUGAUGCUGGCACAGAUAGUUUGUUUAUUGAACUUUGGAAAAAACAAAGACAAAUGGACAAAACAGAACAUGAGUUACUAUCAACAAUACCUCCGCCUAUACAUUAUCCUGAUCUAAAUAAAAACACCACAUGUAUAACCAGUACUACUAUAUCAAGUACUGCUUGUACUCCAUCUCCAGUCAAGGGUUGGACAUCAUUUUUUGAGGAGAUUCAAUCUUGUGAAUUUGAUGAUAGUAUUAAACAAUACCCACAACUAUAUUUUAAGAAUUAUGAUAAGGAUUAUGAUAUAUCCAAUGAAGAAGAUGUCAGAGAUGCAUUAAAGCAUAAUAUAUUUGAUAGCCUCCACUUUAUUACGACAUCACAACAACUGACAGAAAUUUUCAAGCGUGUAUCAAAAGAAGAUAAUGUCAAUGGAGGUCCUGAUUUCAUCUAUAAACAGUUUGGCAAACUACUAUUAACAAUUGAAGUGAAGACUUUUUGGGUCUUACAUUUGGAAGAUAAUGAAUCUCUUCAUGAAAAAUAUGAAAAAGAUUUGAAGAGAAAAGAAAGUGAGACAAUACUUCCAAAUUCUGGUAGGAUUUCUGUGGUAGAUAUUAUACGUCAAAUUUUUGGAUAUUUAGUUGUUAACAAGUUACAAUAUGGCAUUCUUACAACCUAUAACCAACACUGGUUCCUUCGAAGGCCCAAAGAUGAACCAUGUGCUCUUGAAAUUUCCCCAACAGUAGAUAUACAAUUGCAGAAUCCUCCAAUUUUUAAGUGCUAUGCUUACAUACAGAAUCUGAACAACACCACCACAAUCACCACUAUCCAGUUUGAUGAUAGUAAUAGUUCAGAUAAUAACACCUCAGGAUCGGAUUAUGAGGAGACCUUAAA